AGUAGAAACAGAGUGCUCGUAAAUGCCACGUUCUUCCUUUGUUUUGUUCUGCCUUUUUUACAGUGACCAGGUAGUAGCUCUUUUUGCUCAAAGAUUCAAAACAUUGAACACUUUCAGCUCAUUGCUUAUGUUUUGAUUUAGUUCCCCAAAUUGUUUUUUCAACUUUCUAUUUUAGUUAUCCCAAAAAGAGUUGCUUAACCUGUUGGAACUAUGUGAUUGCUUCUUUUCUUCUUCUUCUUGUUUGUCCUCCUAUUGACUUGAAUACAAAAGAUCGAUGACCCUCCUCUUAUUACAAGGAAAUGCGGUAACCCUUUUCAAUUGAGUCCAAGAUUUGCUCAUUUGAAGUUCAAAUCUGGCAUUUUCUUGAGGUCACAAUUGACCUUUUUCUUUAAAAGUCAAUUCUAGAUUUGCCUUUUGUUGACUUCAUUCAAGAUUUGGUUGGUCGAGUUAUGCUUUUCUGUAAGAAACCUUUGAUUCUUAACUUUUCUUUAUAUAUAUAUAUAUAUAUAUAUAUAUAUCUAUGGUGUUUCAUUGUUUGAGUAGUACAGAUCAAGAGGGAGUUGCUCGUAUGGUAAGCACUCCUCACUUCCAACCUUAAAAAGUUGUGAGUUUGAGUCAUCGAGGGCGAAAAAAGGUUGGGAGCUAAAAAAUAUGAGUGCUUAGUAUAGAUCAAUACUUAGAAAAGCUUUGAAUGUUGAGGAAUUGACAGGUUACUGUGAUUGAGUCUUGUGCUGCCAAAAGAGUCAAGUGGUUAGUUGAAAUUCGCUUUGAGGUUAGUUGAGCUUGUGCCGAAUUUUCCAUUAUUGAGGAUAUUGUCACUGUACUUGAUGUACUAAGAUGGAGUUAUUAUUUAUUCUGGUGUUAUAAGCUUUUCUUCAUUUUCAUCAUAAGGCCUAUAAGGUAGUAUUACGUUAGCGUGCCAGAUUCAGUGAACACUGCAUUUGUUACUUUUAGCUAGAGUCUAAGGUUGCCUGGUUACUAUUAUGGCUUCCAUUAGAAGAACGUUGUCCCCAGUGCCUCGUCCUGGAAGCACUAUGAAUGGAGAAGUAUCUCCAGCAGCCUCUCCAUUGUCCAAGUCAUCACCGUGUACUAAUAGCUAUACACCAACUGGUGCAUUGAUGUCUUCUUUUGGUUCAUUGGAUUAUGCCAUCUACAAGGUUCAGACAUUUGUAGUUGGUCUUUUGUCACGGAGAUCUUCUAGGCCGUUAGAAAGGUCAAAGUUGAAGGGGCUCAUUUGGAGGAGAGCUCUUCUACAAUUUGUCUUCUGCUUUGUUCUUGGAGUAUUUAUUGGCCUUACUCCAUUACUAAAUUUGUCAACAAAUUUUAUAUCUAAACAUCAAGCUUUAUCCUUUGAGGUCCUCCCGGAAGAAAAUGCUCGAUCAUAUGAUGUUUCUAGAAAUGUGACUUCAACCACUGAGGACGCUCCUAUCAUAGAUAAUUCGACAUCGGAGCCUAACUUAGUAGAUGUUGAACUGAAAGAAGAAACUGCCUACAAUGUUCCCUUUAACCAAUCACUUGACCAAGAGCUGAUGGUGUCCCAUAAACUUUUGAUUAUUGUGACACCUACAGAAGUUCGGCCAUUUCAAGCAUACUAUCUGAAUCGUCUAGCUUAUGCAUUAGAACUGGUGCCUUCUCCUUUAUUGUGGAUAGUUGUUGAGAUGAAUUCUCAAUCUGUUGAAACUGCUGAUAUAUUGAGAAGAACUGGAGUCAUGUACAGACAUCUUGUGUGCACCAGGAACUUAACUGAGGUGAAGGAGAAAAAUGUGCAUCUAAGGAAUGUGGCAGUCUCUCACAUUGAAACACACCAUCUCGAUGGUAUUGUCUAUUUUGCUGAUGAGUACAACAUAUACUCUGCUGAUGUCUUUGAGCAGAUGAGACAGAUCAGCCGGUUCGGGACAUGGAUUGUGGCAAGACUAGCUGAAAAUAAUAGGAAAGUUAUCUUGCAGGGUCCAAUCUGUAAUGGCUCUCAGGUUAUAGGUUGGCACACUGAAGGGAGAGCAAAAAGAUUUCAGAGAUUCUAUGCAGAAAUAUCGGGAUUUGCAUUCAAUAGUACGAUACUUUGGGAUCCAAAGAGGUGGCACCUACCAACACUAGAACCUAUAAGGCAGUCUGAUACAGCCAGAGCUAGUUCCCAAGUGAGCACAUUUAUCGAACAAAUGGUGGAAGAUGAAAGCCAAAUGGAAGGCUUACCAAUGAACUGUUCAAGAAUCAUGGUUUGGCAAUUCAACACGGAGAUAUUGUAUCCAUAUCCUCAUGAGUGGCUAGUGAAGAAUUACUUGAGCACCAGUACUUCAGUUGGAUGACAAUUUUGACAUGCAGAGAGAUUCUUGAGCAUUGAUAAGCGCAGGAGAAAUUUAGUAAACAAUUAUGAGCAUCUGCUGCAAAUAUUUGUCGGACCAACCACUUGAAUGCUAUCAGUUUCGAGCUUGUACUGCUUAACUACAUGCUGUAGUAUCUAAAGAGACCAAGGAGACCAACACUCCUCUUCACUUUUUCUGUUCUGCUGGUACAUCAGUAGAUAUUAAUUUGUACAGUUGCUUUAGCUAGUCAUGGUAUAGUCUUCUGGCUACCAAGUCAGAGGCAGCAAAAUUGUGGCAAUAUGGAAAAAAAUAUUUACAACAGAUAGGUGAGUUUCAAGUUCCUAGUCAAUUCUUUCGACUCGAGUUUCUUAAUCCAAGUUGAUAUCCGAAAUGGAGUAUUAUUCUUCAA